UGAUGCCAUAGCAAUUCCAAUAUCCAUAAUAAAAUUUAGCCCUUAAAAGCUCCUCUUUAGCAAUGUACAUCAUUGUUCCCUUCUUCUCAUCAUUUACAAUAAGCUUUGCUUUUCCUUUUCCCUCACCAAGUUGCUUUUUGAAUUCACCACAAUCUUUGAAUUGUUCGAACAGGUUACAUAAUCUUCUCAGGCUUGAAAACAUUAUAGCCACUGAUCCUCGUUUCUCUUCAACCUCUACCCCAUAUCUUGUUCUACCAAGAAUCUCCUUACGCAAGAGAUUGAAGACCUCCUGUGGCAUGGGAAGGUCAAAGCAAACCAUCCAGGGAUGUACCUUGCUCAUCUUUGAACUUAAAUGGCGAAAACUUGCGGUUUUUGUGCAGAUCAUGCUUUGUUCUAGCAUGGGAUAUAGCUCGCCGAUGCUGUAUUUGGGUAUCUCACGAAGACCGCCAAACUUCACUUUCAUAACCGCUUCAGCUGGCUUAUUUAGCUCUUGAAAUGUAUUGUCUAAAUCCUUUAGCUUAUAUGCAUUUGAAAUUUGUCACUCACAUUUUGAUUUCCCGCAGUUCAGUGCCUCUUUUAUUAAAAUAAUUAGUUAGCAUUCGUUGGCUUCACAUUGAUCCAUCAUCUUGGAUUUUGCCUAAAUAAGCCUCAGAUCUCCCGCGGCCAAAAUGAAAGUUGGCCCAAUUUGAUUCGAUAAUUUCCUGGCGUGUCAGCCAAUCUCUAUCUGGGCCUUUCUUUCAGGUUCCUUCAUUUUCAUCAUCCAAACAAGCUGUUAUCAUACAUGUACACAAAGCAGCUAUUUUUUGGCCUUUUUCCCUGCAUCUGCCAUCUUGGAAAUAUAAAGCUUGGUAGCCCUGCAUUCAAGGCAUUGCGAUUGGGGACAAGAAUUUUGUUCCAGGUCUCUCGUGAAAAAUGGUGACCAGCUCCAUGAAAAUCUUAGCUGGGAGACUAUUUUUCUAGCUACAACCCUAGUGUAGCCAUCCAAACAAUCUUCCCCAGACUUCCUCGGAAGUCAGUUUAUCAUUAUGCGCAUAGUUAGCUCUUCGUUUUCCGAAACAAUAUUUCCUCGACUCGUUUACUCACCAGGGCAGCAAAACAUCUUGUUUGCUUCCCGCUAAUUUAGCCUCACCGGAAACAUAACGAGAAACAAUGUUUCCGCAACAAAGUUUCCUACCUUAGCCAGGCCUGUACAAAAUUAUCAGCUUGAAAGAGAAGACCCCGCGCGCGCGGUCUCUCGACAUGAAACUCGGUUCCUUGUCAGAGAGAGCUGAACAAAAUUUAUACACAAGUGUAACGCUUAAUACUUAUAUCUAGCCUACACAUACAAAAAAAUGGAAGCUACCUUGAAAAAGGAAGCUAGAAGAGCUUUUAACGUUCAUAUUAGCGACGGGAUUUUUAAAUUUUCUGAUUCUUAGGCGGCCGUCGUUCACGACUCCGUUCAUCGGGGUUCACCGCAGCUGCACAUUUUCAUGAACAAGAUAUUAGGCUACCUACUCACAGAAACCCUUCAAAACCAUAGGACUCUUAAGAAAUGUUUCUAAAUAAUGCAAAGAAUCGAUUUAAACUUCCAAGACUUAAACUUACCCUAACUUGAAAGGAUGAAGAAGCCUUCACCUGCUGCUCUGAACAUCAGCUGUGCUUUCCGACACACACGAAAGAGUUCGGCCUAGCCCCUCACGGUUGAACUAGAGUUAAAACUACAAACCUCCCCUCCCCACCCUUGCCGGGGAUCGUGCCGGGUCGAUUUUGUGCUACAUUUCUUUUAUAAAUAGUCGUGAUAGGUUUAGUAUAAAUAUUGUAACUUCUUCUUCGAGAUACUUUUCAUCUUAAUGGAAAACAUAGUCGUUGCCCGCAGUCACAAUUUUAGAAGUUCGAGUUCGCUUAAAUCGACUUUGGGGCGGGGACUGGUGUCUGACCUUGUGAAAAGAUCACAACAUGGCGACCAGCGGAACCGAUAAACUCUUCUAUCGAGAUUUUAAGCAUGUGAUAAACUAUUUGGAAACACAAAAGCAACUGAUGGAUGCUCAUAUGGUGGACUUCUUCACCUCGAAUCACUGGGAAACUCUCCUACCGAGAAACAUCAGACAAGAUUUAGAAUCACUUCCACAGCACCAGCUCACGUCUUUGCCGAACGCUUGUACGGAAUCCACAGAUUUCGAAAGAUUCGGCGAAAACCUAAAGACGUUUCUGAAAGACGCUAGACUAGCACAGCUCAAGAGCUUUUCUUGGGUAAAGGACCAAAAGGAGUUUACUAGUGAAAACAGGGUGGAUUUUAUUUCACACAUAAUGACACCAAAAAAAUCUUAUGAAGUGGAUGUUAUGUCAGAUGUAAUCAACAGAUUGGUCAAGCAAUUUCAAGUCACCAAGAUUUUGGAUCUUGGAAGUGGUAAAGGCUACCUCAGUCAACAUUUAGCAUUGCAGUAUGGAUUAAAUGUCAUAGGGGUUGAUUCCUCUCAUAGUAAUACACAAAAUGCAGCGAAAAGAAAUGGAAGACUUUUGAAAGCAUGGAAAGGACUAGCGAGAAAGUUUCAAAGAGAAAAGGUCAAUGCCUCAAGUAAUUUAGCUGAAGGAAAUAUCACCUGUGGUCACCUUGACUCACAACCACUAGGAAGAUCUUUAGAUGUAGGAAAUACAAAGGAUGGUUAUUCAGAAUCAUCGUCAAAAUACUGUAAUCAUAUAACUUGUCCCAUUUCACAUGUUUGUAGCCAUGAUGAUAACAAUAUACAUGUAGAUACCAUUGGUCUGAAUAAGGCAUCCAUCAUUGAUCAACAAAAAGCCUCAUGUGUGUGCAAUCCAAUGCAAAGUAUAAUUGGAGCUGAAAGCAAACAACCCAUUGUUUCAGAAGCUGAUGUUGUAGAAUCUAAGCAUUCUACAGAUGUGACAUGUAAAUCUAAGCUUGCAACAGAAGCCAGCUCACAAGAGACCUUUUCGCAGUCAUCAGUGCCAUCAUUAAAUUCUCAACAUUGUGACAGUGCAACACAUUGUGACAUGCUAUGCAGAAACAUGUCUGGUAAGAUAACUGAUUCAGGACUUGCUGCUAAUGUAGUGAAUUCAAAGUCACAACAACCACAGACUGUAAGCCCAACUUCAUUUGUCCCUGUUACUGGUUUUGUUGAUCAAUCAUUUGUCGCUAAUGGAGGGCUUACAAGACUUUUCGAUGAUCUAGGAACUUCUGAUGGUGUUACCACAGGAUGUAAUGGAAUGUUCAUAGUUGGCUUGCACACAUGUGGUGACCUAGCUCCAAUGGCACUACGAAUCUUUGUGAGUGAGGCCUCUGUCAGGGUGAUUUGUAUUGUUGGCUGCUGUUAUCACCUUGUUUCACAGGAAUUCGGAGCAUGUGAUGAUACUGCAGAUAACCCAGGCUUUCCCAUGAGCCAGUUCUUAAAGCCUUUUAGACUUCACAUAAGCAGAAAUGCCACAAUGGUUGCGCAGCAGGCAGCAGACAGAAUUGCUAUGGAGUCAAAGUGUCCACCUCCAAGUGUACUGUACAGAGCAGUUCUUCAGGUAAUUUUGAAAGAGAAGUUUGACUUGGAUGGCAGAGGAAUGCAUGUUGGCAAAGCUGGGGCAAAAUGUAAGGAUUUCAAGGAGUAUGUCCACAAAUGUCUGAAAAAACUGGGUUUGGAGGACCGGAUAAGCGAGUUUUCAGACGGAGAAUUGGAAUCAUACCUGGAAAGAUUCAUAAAUCAAAAAAAACAACUCCACGCCUUUCAUCAGCUUAGAGCAGCUAUUGCCCCCUGUAUCGAGAGUGUGUUUCUCUUGGACAGAUUAUCUUACCUCUAUGAACAGGGCUACAAGUCUGCCUGUGUCGUAAGGCUGUUUGAUCCUGUGAAGUCCCCGAGAUGUUAUGCAAUCAUUGCUCACAAAACAUAAAUUAAAAUUCUUCCAGCGAACAAGAAAUCAAGAGACGAAUUCGCAGAUAUUCAUGCAUGUAGCCAACAGUAACUGAAUUGAACUUUGUGACUACCAAUAUCUGCCAAAUCCGUCACUUUACCCUGUUUUCAAAGCUUCGGAGCAUGAACAAGUGCCAUUGGUAGGAAAUCCUCCGAGGAAAUACGGCGUUUCUAUUGGCCAACGCCAAGAACAUUGCUUGCAUACGCUACCUCACUUAAUAACCUAAGGAGAACUUAGUGUGACGGAAACAGGGAGUGGAAUCUUUAUUUCUUUGGUGCGUACUGCAUUAAAAUGAGAGCUUCCAUGCUCAAUGGUGAGAGUGGAAUCACGCCUUCCAUGAGGCAGGCUGCUUCCCGCUGGCUUUAGUGGUUCUUUUAGGAUCUCACUCCUUUGUUGCUGACCUUGUGCCGACUGUACAAUUAACGUAGAUUAUCGACUAUCAAAUUAAAAUUGCUUUUAUUCAAAACUUGCAUUCAGUAGUAGUAUUAAAGUCUAAUGUCAUCAUCUAAGAUACAAGAAUGGUUGCUAAAGACUACAGUAUAUUGAAUUUUAUAAGCAAAAUUUACGUGUUCAAAAAAAAAAAA